CCCAGGCUUCUAGAUUGAGACUCAAGAGCUCUUUCUGUCAGACCCCACUCCACAAUGUGGGCAUAAUUUAUGGCUGACAGUAUGGCAAGGAUCAUUCUUUUUAAAAUAUUGCCUCUGCCCUUCACAGAAAACUGUAUCUCUGAGUGGCAGUAAGCAUGAUCCCAUCAGUUAGCGAUAAAUGACCUUGUCUUAAAACUGUUCAGAUGAGUUAAUCUCACUGGCUUUCUAUUCUUAUUUGGCCUAUAGCUGUAAGAGGUUUAGAGUAGCUCUCUUAAGGCAUAUGUUAGCCUCCAGUUUUAGUGAAGGGUGAGGAACUAAGUCGGUAGGCACCUUACAUGAAAGCAACCUGAGAAAAAGCUGGAGACCGUGAAUCGCGAUGGGAAAUAACGAAUCCAGAGCUGGUGGUCAGGCAGCAGUUUCUGCUAAAGAGACCUAUGUGUGGUACAGAAAAUUUAUGAGGGAAUAUCCAUCUGGCCUGCAAACACUUCACGAAUUUAAGACACUCUUGGGUCUGCAGGGUCUGAACCCAAAAGCCAAUCAACACGUUGAUCAAGUCUAUAAUACCUUUGACAUGAACAAGGAUGGAUUUAUUGACUUUUUAGAGUUUAUUGCUGCUAUAAAUCUGGUUAUACGAGGGAAAAUGGAUCAAAAAUUAAAAUGGUAUUUUAAACUGUAUGAUGCUGAUGGAAACGGUUCUAUUGACAAGAAGGAACUACUGAACAUCUUCAUGGCUGUACAAGCCCUCAAUGGCCAGCAAACUCUGAGUCCUGAAGAAUUUACUAACUUGGUGUUUAAUAAGAUCGAUAUAAACAAUGAUGGAGAAUUGACUUUAGAAGAAUUUAUCAAUGGCACGGAAAAAGAUCAGGAUCUUCUGGACAUUGUUUCCAAGAGCUUUGACUUUUCCAAUGUACUAAAAGUAAUCUACAGUGGGAAACAGCCAGACACAGAAGGGAGGCUUCCUUCAAACCAUGUGAGAAGACUGAUCUAGGGAAGGUGGAAGUGAAGCAGCCGUGAGAAUGCCUUUCCCGACUUUCAGUGGAUGCGAAGAAAUGAAAAUCUCCCACGUACAUGCUGUUGAUUUCAGGUUUUUGUUAUAAUUGGUAUCGGCUUGGGAAGACAUCACCUAAGUCCCAUAGAGACUUCCAUAAAGAUCGUAGACAAAAGAAUCGUUGCUUUUCUGUCUAUACAUUAGUGAUCUCUCUGGAUUAGAACAUGAUGAUUAAACUGGGGGAUUGUCGCCACAUACGUUCAAAAUAGAGCUCACAUGUAAAUUUCUGUGCACACCUAAAUUAAUCUGCAUCUUGAAAUAGCCCUGGAUUACCUGGGCAGUGUCUCCAUACUUUGACAUUCUUCUUAAACAUGCAUUUGGCAAAUGUGUUUGCUGCCUCUUGGCUCCUGUUGUAUCUGCGUAUUAUAAAGGACCAAGUUCUGGUCUAUAGAGAAACUUUUUUCUG